AUGUCGAUUUCUCGCUUGGCUCUUGCAGCCUCCCUACUUGGCUAUGCCUCUGCUGGCAACGUCCAGUCGAGUAGCUUGCCCGUCAGCAGUCAAGCUCAUGUCCACACGGCUGUCUGUACUACGGUGCUUGGUUUGACUUCAGUCGCUUCAGUACCUACAACUACCAUUACUCGCCGCAUUCACGACCCAACUCCUGUUGUGGUUUUCUCCAUGGUUCAGGACACCGUCACCGUUACUCCAUCGGUAUCAACCCUGACAGCGACAGACUAUGAGACCACCAUUGUCACUUCCACCGCAAGUACUGUGACAGAUGUAUUCUCAACAACUUCGACUGAGUUUGAUACUGCCACUUUGACCGUCACCCCCAAUGACAUCACCUCGACUGCCUAUUUGACCGCAGCGAUCACCGCCACCAUCACCUCAACCAUUGAAGCCUCCGCAGCUCUCACUCCUAUCGUAGACACUCUUACCACCUCUACGGUUGUCUACAACGCCCUUAAGCGAUCAUUCGAGCCCUCAUUGGACAAUGACUGCUCUCCUGUUUUGGAUGAUUUCAAGUAUGCCCAAGAGGUUGUCUGCCACGAGAAGAUUAUCCUCAAGACCACCACAAUCUCAACUGUGACCGAGUCUCCCGCCACUUCCACGGCUGCUGUUCCUUCUACCACCGUGACAGAGACCAGCACCAUCACCACUAGCUCCGUGGUCGUUCCCGAUGAUGUCUCCACCACACUCAGCUACAGCACUACCUCCACCAUUACUGAGACUUCCACCGCACCUGCCGUGACGGAUACCGUGACCUCUACUGUCACCGCGACGGUUGCCAUCAGCACCACUUCUGCUUACGCUGCAUGUGCUACCAACAACAUUGCGGGUGCUCCUCUUUCCUCGGACUUUGGCGGCUUGGCAGGAGACUAUAUCUACUCGUUGUCCUGGGGUACCGUUUCCGGUUACGGCUCGUCUGUGGCUGUCUCAACCUCUGCUGAAGCUUGCUGUAUCAGCUGCCAGGAAAAGGCGAAUUGCGCUUUCUCUUUCUAUUACGAGCCUACAUCCAUCCAGAAAUUUUGCUACAUGAUCACGACAACCACCUGCUCUUCGUCUGAUACCUAUGGUUAUGCUUAUGUGGGCUCCAACGAGUUGACAUAUUCUUUCCAGGCAUCCAAUGGAAACUGUGGCCAGUUGAGGAGAUAUUCCUCAUAG